AUGGGGCCGAUCGCACUUCGUGGACACGUGGAGUUCAAUAAUGUGCACUGCCUGGUGCGGGACCGAAAGUUCAUGGACUUUGAGUAUUGCUACCUAAAGUCUGUCAAUCGCAGCUACAAGUACCUUUCGCUAAAAACGAAAUUGUUCCAGCUACCCAUCGAGAGCUGCGUGACCAAGAUUCAGUUGAGGAUGCGCGAGAACAGGCGGAUCCUGUACAACUUCGACUUCAAGGUGGACGCCUGCAAGUUCCUCCGGGACCCCGAUAAGCAUGUGCUGGCCAACUGGGUCUACCAGACCUUCGCGCCCUUCUCGAACAUGAACCACACCUGUCCCUACAACCAAGACAUCGUGGUCGAAAAGCUGCCGGUGCAUCACGUGAACACGCUGGUCCAGACAAUCAUCCCCGAUGGCAGGUACUACAUGAACACCACAUGGCUAACUGAGGGAAUCGUUCGCGCCGACGUCGUUGUCUACUUAACCAAGGCCUGA